CUCCGAAUAUCAUCUGUUAUUGCUGCUGCUGCUGCAGAUGAUGAUGAGCCAUGAAAAAGUAUUGGAUAUGAGUCUUCAUGGGUUCUUACUGUGGGGUUCGAUGGGCUUCCUAAUGCCUCUCGGAAUUCUUGCAAUCAGAUGUUCAAGCUGCAUUCAUCAAUCAUCCAACCAGCCUAAGGCUAAACUCAUCUCCUUCUACUCCCAUGCUCUUCUCCAGGUAGUGAGUUUGGUUGUUAGCAGUGGAGGAGCAGUGUUAUCUGUGAAGAAGUUUGAGAACUCAUUCAACAACAGCCACCAAAGAAUAGGCUUGGUUCUUCAUAUUGCAGUUUGGGUGCAAGCUUUUAUUUCAAUAAGGAGGCCUAAGAUUAAUAGUGAAGAAAUUAGAAGAAGAAGAAUGUGGUGGUUCAUAAUUCAUUGGAUAGUUGGGACAGGAACAUGUAUAAUGGCCAUUUUCAACAUCUACACAGGAUUACAAGCUUUCCACAACAGGACAGGAAGAAGCACUCGUCUCUGGACUAUUCUCUUCACUGCUCAGCUUUUUCUCAUGACUUUCUCCUACCUUUUUCAAGACAAGUGGGAUUAUCUCCUCUUAUUAUUACUUAACAAGAAUAAGCAACAACAUGAUGAUAUUGAUGGGGGAAAUGUUCAUCAUCUUCAUGACCAUGAUGAUGAUCAUGAUGAUCGCCGCAUCAGCUCUCAGAUUCUUCAGAUUAAGGAUUUGGUCAUCGUUAAUAAUGUCGACCCUCCUUCUUCCUCUUCUUCUUCUUUGGACAAGAUCAACACUCUUGCCUUUUAUUUUGCCAAAACUAAUGCCCUCAAGAACCUCUUCCAACAACAACAUAUUUGAUCUCUCUCUAUAUAUAUAUUGCAUUUUUGUUAUUAAUGUUGUUGUUGUUACUUCUUUUGUAUGUCUUAUAAUAAAUCUUC